AAUCCAUUUGGGAAACAUCGAGCAUUAAUAUUUAAUCAGUGGGUUAAGAAGUAAAAUAGAUAAACGGAUAAUACAGGUUGCAUGUGAUAAUUCUUCUGCCAUCGUGUACAGUUUUAAGUGUAUUCGGGACUGUGAUGUGUGCCAUUCUCAGCAUAUAAAAGAAGGCUAUCACAGAACUGGUUCAAACAGAUUUGGAAAACAAGGCACUAGUUCAGCAAAACUCAAGAUCUACAAUUACCUGACAUUUAUUAGUGAGAACAAGGAUGUAAAAGUUUUGGCAAUCUUUCAAUAUCCCUAGAUUAAUUGCUACAUCUUGGCAAGAAUACUGACAACAAAAUCAGCUGAUUUUUUGGUAAACUAGGAUGCUCACACAAUACUGUACAAGGGUCGUGACAUUUUGAAAUACAAUAUCGCAGAAAAACAGAAAAAGUGUUCAAGAACCGGUACUACUGGAAAAUCAUUGUUUAUUCUCAAGAUUAAGAACAACGACUAGGACAUAAAAGUAACUAUAACAGCCUCCUGGCCUCAAUAAAUUAUUAUUGAGGUACCUUUUUCAGAAACUCUUACCUAGAGCGAUUUAAAAUUGUCCAAGAUCCGAUAUGGCUUGGAAAAAGGUUUUGGCCGGAACUGCGAUAAUAUCAUUCCUCUUAGCUGGAAUUUAUGUGAUGUAUUUUCAACAUGGUUCACCCGAAGACAUAUUAGCUGCAAACCGUCGUAGCACAUUGCGCAAAACACAUUCUGUGAAGGACAAUAUGAAAAGACUGCAUGUUGAAUAUGGAAAAAAUGAAAGUGAUGAAGACUUUGAUGAUAGUGAAGAAUAUGAUGAUGAAGAAGAUGAAACAGACAUUGUGAAAUCAUCUCAACUUUUGUGGGAUCGCUGGAUCGAAAAAAAUAAUCACGUAUCUAUAGGAGAAAUCUAUGAUAAAUGUGAGGGAGAUGACAGAGUUACCAUCGGGAGAGUAAUAUUAAUACAAGAUAAAGUGAAAGGAGGAGUGGCCUCUGUCACAUAUGUCAAUCACACAUGGGAUCAUGUGAUAGAUGAUGGAGAGGUACUGAUAGAUGUAAAAUACAACAACAAGAAUCUUUACAAUAAUAAAUGGGAACUUUGCACAAUAGAUGAAGAUGAAGAAGAACGAAUAGUAUUUUGUCCUAUUAAAUCAAAUGAAAAACAUUAUGUGAAACAAAUGAAAAUACCUAAUUAUUUACCUAAGGGACGUUAUCAGGCCAAGGUUUGGUUACUCGAUCAAGAGGAAGUUAAUGUGGCAUGUGGAUUUGCGGACUUUACUAUAUAGUUUAAUAUUAUUUACAAUUUAGAGAAUGGACUUCAUAUUUUUGUGUCAUACAUUGUUCAUCCCACAUUCUUCCAUUAAAUUGAAAUCAGAUUGCAGCUGCGAUACAAUACACUGUACAGGCCCGUAGCCAGGUGGGUUAGAUUGGUUCAAGCCCCCCCCCCUGGCCAAAAAUUCU